AUGGCCAGACCAUUGCACAAUCUGGUCAAGAAGGAUACAGUCUGGAAAUGGGAAACCAAAGAGCAGGAAGCCUUCCAGGGACUGAAGGACGCCAUCACGAACGCACCAGUCCUUUGUCACGCCGACCCGUCCAAACCUUACUUCCUAGAAACGGAUGCCUCCGGCGCAGCCCUGGGCUCCAUACUAAGUCAACGUCAGGAAGAUGGCCGUCUUCAUCCACUAGGCUUUCUAUCGGAAUCAUUCAAGGGCGCUGAGCAGAAUUACAAUACACACAAUAAGGAGCUUCUAGCAAUCAUCCGCUCCUUUGAGUACUGGCGCAUUUUCUUGGAAGGAACCCUUCACCCCAUCACCGUGUUUACCAAUCAUCGUAACCUAGAGUACUGGAAAGAAUCCCGCACCUUCAACCGUUGUCACGCACGUUGGCACCUACUACUCGCCGGUUAUAACUUCCAAAUCGUGUACCAACCUGGGAAACAAUCAGGGAAACCCGACGCCCUUUCACGCCAAUCAGACCACGCUGACGUCCCACCUGCAAAUCAAACCAUGCUCCCGGACCCUGUAUUUGCAAAUGUCGCCCUAGUGACUCCCAAAAAAGAGCUACAACGCCAGAUCAAGGCCUCCCUAGACCAGGACGAGUCCUUGGAAGAAAUCUUGCAGUUCCUACAAAGCGAGUCCAAGGCACCACCCUCCAUUAAGCGCGCAUUCAAGGAUUACAAAAUGGAGGCUGGUCUAUUGUUUUACCAGGGACGAAUUGUAGUACCGGAUGUAGGAACCCUAAGGACGGACUUGCUCAAGAUCUUUCACGAUAGCCCGUUGGCAGGCCAUCCAGGCAGACAAAGGACCUUAGAAUUGGUAUCAAGAACUUACUACUGGCCCGGCAUCCGUGCUGACACAUAUUGGCACGUUGACUUGUGUGAAAUCUGCCAACGGAUUCGGAAACCCAAAUACGCGUCCAUCCCUCCUCAGCCUCUAGAACUUCCAUCUUGCCCUUGGCAACACGUAUCAUACGACAUGAUAGUAGACCUACCCAAGGAUGGAAGCAACAAUUCCAUACUGGUCAUUGUGGAUAGCUUUACCAAAUACGUUAUCUUGAUAGAAUGCUCCAAAAAGCUCAAGGCCCCGGAGCUAGCAGACCUAUUCCUACGCCACAUUUGGAAACGCUACGGCAUGCCUGAGAAGACAGUGUCAGACCGCGGACGGGUUUUUAAUAAUAAGUUCCUGAAGGCUUUAUACCAAUGCCUGGGAAUAGACCCCCACUUCUCCUUGGCCUACCACCCUCAAAGCAAUGGCCAGACAGAACGCGUAAAUCCCACGGUUGAACACUUCUUAAGAGCUUACUCGGGUACAAACCAGAAGGACUGGGUCAAGUGGUUACCAAUGGCGGAGUUUGCCUACAACAACGCAGUACACAGUUCAACAGGCAAAACCCCGUUCAAGGCACUGUACGGAUGGGAACCCUCCUUGACCCCAAGCAACGUACCAACAGACGUCCCUGAGGCAGAUGACCUGGCAACCCAGAUGGAAGCACAGUGGCGGGAAAUAGAAGCCGCGCUCCGGCAGUCAAAGACACGCAUGAUAGCCGGGGAAACAGGAGAACCACUCAAGUUUGAGAUAGGGGAAGAAGCCUGGCUAGACGCCAAAAACGUAAAGCUGAAAACCCUGAGUCCCAAGCUAACCGAACAACGGCUGGGACCCUUCAAGGUAACUGAGAAAAUCUCCGAUCAAGCAUACCGUCUGGAACUCCCGCCAACAAUGAGAAUCCACGAUGUCUUCUAUGUAGGACUACUGUCCAAGGUCAAGAGAGACAAGAAGCGUAACUUCGAAACUUGCCCUCCACCAGUCACCAUAGAUGGAGAAGAAGAAUACGAGGUAGAAGGAAUCACGGACGCGGAAGAAAGGGAAGGGAAAUGGUUUUUCCGAGUCAAAUGGAAAGGAUACGGCUCGGAAGAAAAUACGUGGGAACCCCGGGAGAACCUGAAAAACGCCGGGAAAAUUUUGAAAAAAUACAAGGAGGACAUGAGGAAGAAGGCCCUCGGCGCUGCCAAGGCCCUUAGAGGGGGGGCAGUGUCGUAG